AUGGAAUCUACUCAAGUGCCUCUCAAUGACAAUAUCUCUUGGCAUAUCUUGGUUGGCACAAUCAUUACUAUUGUCCCAGCUACACUUUGUGUGAUCUUGAGAUUCAUCUCUCGUCAUGUUUCCUGCGCCGGGAUAUGGUGGGAUGACUAUACUAUUGCAGCAGCUUUGGUCUUCAACUGGUCGAUGGCUAUCUUGAGAUGGGUGCAGAUUGCGUUUUAUCGUAAUGGCCGCCAUUUCAGCUAUGUCUCAUCUGGAGACAAUGAAAACUUUUUAAAGACCGUUUUAGCUGGCCAGAUUAUCUAUUACUCCAAUGCUGUCCUUACCAAGGCAUCAUUGCUCCUUCUUUUUCACAGAAUCUUCGGUGUUGUCAGAGUCUUUCGCUGGGCCCUAUGGACCUCAGGAAUUUUGGUCAUUGCGUACUUCAUCGCAUGCACAAUUACUGCGAUAUCUGCUUGUUCGCCAGUAGCCAAGUUCUGGGAUUCAAGCCUGCCCGGACAUUGCAUCGAUAUAGUGGCAUUCUUCCGGUGGAAUGGCAUGGCCAAUAUGCUUCUCGAUUUUUUAGUCCUUUGUCUCCCACUCCCUAUGACGUGGCGUGUGAAGACUACCGUUAGACAGAAGUGGAUUUUAACGGGGCUGUUCUUACUUGGGGGCCUUGUUUGUGUCGCCUCAGUUCUCCGCCUUGUUAGCUUUGAAGUUGCAAAUCUGGAGGAUCCUACCUAUACAAAUGUCGAUUCAUCAGCAUGGUCCUCGAUCGAGCAGUCUCUUGGAAUCAUAUGUGCCUGUCUCCCUACCCUCCGACCUCUGAUCCGAAGGUUCUCCAGAUCUUCAGGAUCUUCAACAGCAUCUGCAGGAACUUCGUCUUCUGACUCCCAAAGUCGGUGGUCGAUGCCUGUUGACGAGGAAAGCAGUAUCAUUGAGGCUGCUACUUUGUCAUCUGUGCCGCCUGCACACCUUCGAUUGGUCACCACUCAAGAGUUAGACAUACUCCAGGGUUCUGACUGGACUUCCGAGUUUCACGGCGAUGAAAUCCGUCCUGUUUCACAGACAUCCCGGGCAGUCGAGAUUAGUAGUCCCGUUUCUGCGGCUGAAUCGUUUGCUUGA